AUGACCGAACUCGCGUACAAUGCCAUUGAGGACUAUGGCUUGAUCGGGGAUAUGCACACAUGUGCCCUGGUCAGCAAGGCCGGUAGUUUGGACUAUAUGUGCUGGCCAGUCUUCGACUCUCCUACCGUAUUCUGCCGCCUGCUGGACGAAAGGAAAGGGGGUUACUUCUCCGUGGCCCCCUACAAGACGGUCGUCGACGCCCACAGCAAGCAGCGAUAUCUUCCUUACUCAAAUCUACUCGAGACUCGAUGGACCAACGAAGAUGGGGUCGUGACGAUGCUGGACUACUUCCCGGUCACCCCCAAAAAAGCCCCCCAGUCGGCCCGUAUUUUGUCGGGAUAUUGUCCCUGCAAUGAACCCGGAAUCAACCGCUUCAAGUCGGGACUGCAACACUCGGGCGUGAUCAGAAAGUUGGAAUGCAGCCGUGGGUCGAUGGAAUUGGAGGUGGAGUUGUUCCCAGCAUUUAAUUAUGCGCGAGACUCGCACAACACCCGUGCCAAGUUGGAAAACGACAUGCAAAAGCACCAACUUCAGACCGUUCAUUUUGAGAGCGAGACAGAACGGUUGCAGCUUGAGAUCUUUGCCGACUCACGGGAGCCAGACAAGCUUGGUUUCCCCUCGGCAGCUUUGAAAUUGGAAGAGCGUUCGGGGUUGAAAGGCCGCGGUUUAUUUGCCCGGCUCCGUCUGUCGGCGGGCCAGACCGUUCAUCUGGUGUUGCACAGUCCCGAGAAGUCUGUUCCCAGCUCGGCCACAAUGGCUGCCUACCUGUGGAAGAUGGAGGAAGAAACCUCGGACUACUGGACCAACUGGACCCGCAAGUGUGCCUUCCGUGGUCAUUACCGGGAGACAGUCGAGCGCAGCCUGCUCAUUCUCAAACUGUUGACUUACAAGCCAACCGGUGCCAUUGUCGCGGCACCGACCUUCUCUCUCCCCGAAAAUGUGGGUGGCUCCAGGAAUUGGGAUUAUCGGUACUCCUGGGUGCGUGACACAGCCUUCACGCUGUAUGUCUUUUUGAAAAUGGGCUACAGUGAAGAAGCGGAAGCGUACGUCAACUUUAUCUUCGAUCGGAUCUUCCCGCAUGCUGCCCUAGACCUUGAUCCCAACAGCAAGAGACCCUUUCUUCCCCUGAUGUUCACCAUUCGGGGUGAGUACGAUAUUCCCGAGGUGGAACUUGAUCAUCUCGAUGGAUACAAAGGCAGCAAGCCUGUUCGCGUGGGUAACGCGGCCGUUUUCCACACGCAGCUGGACAUUUACGGCGAAUUGUUGGACAGUAUUUACCUGUACAACAAACACGGCAACCCUAUCACCUACGACCAAUGGAACUCCAUCCGACGCAUGGUGAACUAUGUUGUUAGCGUCCGAAACCAGAAAGAUAUGUCCAUCUGGGAAUCUCGUGGCCAGAUCCAAAACUUUAUCUAUUCGAAGAUCAUGAUGUGGGUUGCCUUGGAUCGUGGAAUUCGUCUUGCCGAGAAACGUGCUAGUCUACCGUGCCCAGAUCGCUUCGAUUGGAUUAGAGUUCGUGAUGAUAUGUACGACGAAAUCAUGACCAAGGGUUACAAUGAAGAGCGCGGUCAUUUCUGUCAGAGCUACGAGAGUCGCGACGUUCUGGAUGCUUCUAUCUUGAUUGCUCCUCUAGUCUUCUUUGUUGCACCUAAUGACCCACGAUUUAUUAGUACGCUUAAGAAGAUCCUAGAAAGUCCCGAGAAGGAGGGUCUGUCUAGUGCUAAGAUGGUGUUCCGUUACGAUCACCUGCGGGCCAAUGAUGGUGUGGGAGGAGGCGAAGGCGCCUUCAUCAUGGUAACCUUCUGGCUUGUUGAAGCUAUGGCUCGUGCUGCUAAAUAUGAUGUGCCAAUUCCGAACAUCUGGAAACUUGCACUUUCGCACUUUGACAACAUCUUGUCCUACUCGAAUCACCUGGGCAUGUUCUCUGAAGAAGUGGCCAUUUCUGGUGAACAGAUGGGCAACAGCCCACAGGCAUUCAGUCAUUUGGCCUUCUCUAUGGCGGCCGCCAGCCUGGAUUGGGUUGAUAAGCCAAGCGCUGAUCUAACGAUGUCGUCGGAUGAGGAGGGCUUUGCUUCCAGCCAGAGCACUGCCUCCGUUGAGCUUGAAGUUAAUGCCAAACAGAAUCUCACACUGGCAUUGGAGAAGUUACACCUGGAGCAAGAGGGCUUGAACCAAGCUUCCAUGCAGGAGGUGACCCCAUUAACUUCCCGCACUGUCGCCGGUCCCCAUCAAACUCCACCAGAGCCUGAAAUACCAAAGCCACUACAGCUACUGGACCUUCCCUUGGAUGUUUUAAAGGAAAUUAUCAAAGAGGUAACGCAUACAAAUGAUCUGACUUCGCUCGCCCUCACUUGCUCUACCCUGCAUUCCCUAGCCAUUCCACACAUGUACUCGCGCUUCGAUAUCGUCUGGCCCGAGUCUCUGAAUCCACCUACAGAUGAUUACUCCGGGGUGGAUGCGCUGUCUUAUGGUUUGUCUACACUGGUUAUGGGCGAGGAUGUAUUCAAUCGACUACCACUGCCUGAGAAUGAUUGGACCCCAAAAGGCUGUGAGACAUGCGGCUGUGAUAAACACCAUCAUAGACCGGAGUCGGAGUCGGAGGUGGAGGACAGCGGAGCUAGAUUCCGGUCGCGCAGAGGCAAUCAUUAUGCCCAAUUCACUCGCACAUUUUCUAUUGGAAAUGGCCCUCUGAGCUGGGUACAAGAGUAUUCGGUAACCAAAGAAGUCGGUAAAAUGCUAGGGACGUUGGUCGCUUUGGCAGUUGCACGGAUGGUAAAUCUCGAAGCCUUUAUUUGGGACAUGCCAACCGGAGUGGUUCGUGAGAUCUGGCUGGCCCUUGCAUCGCUGGCAGACCGACCUGGACAUGAUUGUCGCUUGGAGCGAAUCUGGGUGCGCUGGCACGACAAUUCAGAGAAUGCUCUACGCAGCUCGUCGGCCGCAGCAACCAGGCUCUUCCAGAAAUACAAACAUGUCGAACACCCUUCACUGUCUGUAUUGCCUCCACUUAAGAGUGUGGCUGUUCUUGACAUAGAUGAACCUGCGUAUGUGGAGGAGCUCGCAAUUCUCAUUGAGCGAUCGCGUCGCCGUUUGACGGAACUUCGAAUCGGCAUUGCGGAAAAGGCGCACCUGAAGCCUUGGUUGCUUUGUGAGAAGGAUUCCGACGGCACGUCAAGUUGGCCUAGGGCUAAUGGUCUACUUGGAAUCUUGGCACGACAGCAACCGUCGAAUAUGCAGGAUGAUGCUGCAUAUCCCUCCGACGGCAAGUCGAAAACACCACAGGGUUUGACCAACGUCGCUCAUAAGUCCUCGGCUGCUACUGAGACCGAAGAAAUGCCUUCCAAUGAUGAUCAAUAUCAUCAGAGUGUUACCAAGGAUAGAAAGCCUUCGCCAAGCUCUGGUUUGUCAAAUCGGAGUGACCGCUCACCUGUACCUUCCUGUAAAUCUGACUGUGAGAUGCUCAAUCUCAAAAUCCUUGAGCUAGAACGCGUUCCUCUCUCCGUUCCAACCCUUUUGCCAGCUGUUGAUUGGACUGGCCUAACAACCCUUACCAUUAUGCGAUGCGAAGAUCACGAAAAGCUAUGGAAAGCUCUUCGUCGCAAAUAUGCCCCUCCUGUUAUACCGGCAAAGCGCUCCCUCGCAGACCGUCGAGAGAGCGCCAGUAUGUCUGAAUACACGCUAAACUUGAAACAUAUCCGUACGGACACUGUCUCGCCUUACCUGAUGCUCUUUAUUAAGGAUGCGUUGGCUCCAAAUACUCUGGAGAGUAUCUUUCUACACGAAGCGCCAGGCCACGAAUCUUCUGUGCAGAUUGAUGCCAUCUACCGUCACAUCCUGCGGAAGCAUCGGCAGAGUCUUCGCAAAGUCUUGGUAGAUGCUACAAGUCAUUCUAGUCCUCGAUCGCAUAAGUGGAUGUUCAAUCACGAGAUGAUAUCAUUCGUCACGAGUGGAAAGAUGCCGCAACUCAAGGAGCUGGGAAUGGCAAUGCAUUAUCGCGAUUGGCAUUUCUUCCUCCAGAGACUACCUAGUAUGCCCCAGCUUCGAGCCCUGUACCUCCCAAACAUUCACCACACCGUCCAUCGUGAUCUCAAGGAGCUCGCUUUACAAGUGUUAGACAUAGUCAGCAUCCGCCCCGAGCUCAAAAUCGCCUAUAUCGGUCUCCACACGAAAUGCUAUCAGAUUCUUGAAGCAAGACACGACGACAACCCGCUAGACUUCGAUGACAACCCCACAACAGACCAUUCCCCACCCCACAGUGACGACGAAGACGAUGGCUGGGUCAAUCAACCCCACAAUCAUGAUUCCGACGAUGAAUCCGUCCAUGGAGAUGCAGGGGCCGCAGACACCGAGCUCCUUUCUAGUGAUCCGGACGACUAUGACACCGAACCGGAAGAAGAGCAGGGUGCUUCGCGGAUUCGGUACAGACUGCAGGAGAUUCUAUAUUACGACGAAAAGGUGUCCAUUUUCAAGGCGCGACACGGUGUUUUGUGA